CCUCAUAAAGGCUGCGGCCGGCGAGGCAGGCGGCGGCGGAGGCUCCUGCAGCGGUCGGUGGCGUCGCGGUGGGGAGCUGCGCUGCGCCCCUCGGACCCGGCCCACUCGGCGCUGUGCUCCCACGCCAGCCUACCUCGGUCAUCGGCACCAUGACCACCACCACCACCUUCAAGGGAGUGGACCCCAACAGCAGGAAUAGCUCCCGGGUUUUGCGGCCUCCAGGUGGUGGAUCCAACUUUUCAUUAGGCUUUGAUGAACCAACAGAACAACCCGUGAGGAGGAACAAAAUGGCCUCUAGCAUCUUCGGGACACCUGAGGAGAACCCCCCGUCAUGGGCCAAGUCGGCAGGUGCCAAGCCUAGCGGUGGCAGAGAGGACUCUGAGUCCUCUGGACCCCAGAGAAGGAACUCCUCUGAAGCGAACUCUGGAGACUUCUUAGAUCUGAAGGGAGAAGGCGACAUUCAUGAACAUGUGGACACAGACUUGCAGGCCAGCCUGGGGCAGAGCGAGGAGAAGCCCGUGCCCGCUGCCCCUGUGCCCAGCCCAGUGGCCCCGGCCCCGGCGCCUUCGCGAAGAAAUCCCCCUGGCGGCAAGUCCAGCCUCGUCCUGGGUUAGCUCCGACUCUCGAACUCUGUCGUUUUGUUUGUUUUCUCCAUGCUUGUGAACUGCACAACUUGAGCCUGACUGUACAUCUUUUGGAUUUGUUUCAUUAAAAAAGAAGCACUUUAUGUACCGCUGUCUUUUUUUUGUUGGUUGGUUGGUUUUUAAAGAACAGGUUUCUCUUGAUCUGUCCUGAUCCCUCCGGGUCUGUGGGCCAUGGCAUGAGUGUUUUCUAGUAGUAGAUUGGAGGGGAAGUUUUGUGACACUUAGUAUGGUGUUUUUAAGAAUAACCUGGUUCAAAUGUGUUAGAGGAUCUUUUGUACUGCGGUUUUUAAAACGCUUUUCUCGUCAGCUUUACCCGGGUUUACCAAGCCUCGACGGGGCAGACCAGUGAGCAGUCCACAGGCAUGUUCCUUCCGGCCCCCGAACACAGGGCUGUCUUUACGCCAAACCUCCUCGUUGUAGCCCCGCCUUGUCCGUGCCCCUCGCUAAAAGCAUCUUCCAGUGCCCUAAGGAACAGCAGAGGCCCGUGCCUCAUGCCUUGCUGCCUGCAAAGCAAAAAACAAAAGCAAAAAACUGCCUUUCAAAUGUCUGAACCUUAAUAAGCCAGAUGCUGACUCAACUAGCUGACGAGCCGCGCCUGCUGCUCCCGCAGAAGGCCACGAUGUGCGCUCAGACCGACAAAUUCGGGAGAGCGAGCGAGGGCGGUGAGCACGCAGAAGUGGGUCUUCGUCGUGCACAGACCCCAAGGGGGGCAGUGCUCUUCUUCGAUAACUUGAAGCCGUGUGCACGAUGCUGGCGCUUGACCAUGAACCGAGGUCCUAUCCUUAACAUGUGUGUUGUACGAUCCCGGACUGUUGCUUAAAGUAAACAAUGUACAAAUUU